GGAGAGAGGGAUGGAGGGAAUAGGGAGGGAGGCCAACCUGAACUGGCAGAAGAGAGGGGAACUGGAUAAAGGGAAGAUCGCCGUCGGGCUCAGAAGCCAGGAAAACCUGGGUUUCGCCUAGAGGAGGCAGCUGGAGGUCAAGACCGGCUCCCGUUGCGGGGCGAGGAAGCGGAGGACUGAUAAGAAACCGACCACCGUCUUUAGGGACCCAGAGAGGAUUGCUCUCUCGCGAAAGCCUUUCUUUCCUGCCGAGAGAAAGAGAAGGCAAAGCCCCUUUCGACAGCUCCGGGAUCGUUUAUUAUUAUGGCUUCGGGGGCAGGGCGGGAGGAGAAGGCGAACAGGUGAUCGGGGCGCGAUCCUUUAUCCGGCUUGCACCCGCGCCCCCACGCCAAACCAUUAACUUCUUUCCCUUCCCACCCCCACCCCACCCGGGCUGGACUACUCCCUCCUUUGGAGAACACGCCCCAGUAUGCUGAAGGAGAGAGAAAAGCGUGAGAGACACUAAGGCUGAACCUGCGGGGAAAUUCGAGUUGCUGCCGCCGCCGCCGCCGCCGCCGCCGCGAAAGGCAGAGGAGACGGGAGACUUUUACAUCUUUCCCAGCGCGCGCGUGAGCGAGCGAGCGAGCGAGCGAGCUUCCCAGGACUGCGUGUGACAGGCAUACAAAUCCGGGAUCGAGAGGGAGCGAAGAGAGAGACCCAGUGGAGGGCGAUGGUGAUUGCCUCUUGGGAUUUACAAACACACACCGCUCGCUCCGGGUGGCUCCGAGCGCAGGAGGGCUGGACUGUUUUGUCUGAGCUACUUUGACCUGGCGUUGCACUGUCUGAGGCACCGAGAAACCCACCAGGGCGCAGAGUGCGUGCCGGGGGGGGGGGCAGGCAUUAUUAUCAUUAUCAUUGUUAUUUCAAACAUACUUUUUUUUUUUUAACAAAAAAGACAUUAACUUUCGCAUGUUGAUCUGAAAGCCAACGACGAUCGAGGAAUAUGAACAGGAAAACCAGGCGCUGGAUAUUCCACAUCUUUCUGAGCCUAGGGAUUGUCUAUAUCAAAAUAGGGGGUCUUUCUUCGGUCGUGGCUUUGGGAGCCAGUAUCAUCUGUAACAAAAUCCCGGGGUUGGCUCCAAGACAGAGGGCUAUCUGUCAGAGCAGACCCGAUGCCAUCAUCGUGAUCGGGGAAGGCUCCCAAAUGGGAAUCAACGAGUGUCAAUUUCAAUUCCGCAAUGGACGGUGGAACUGCUCCGCUCUGGGAGAGAGGACCGUCUUUGGAAAAGAGCUGAAAGUGGGUAGUAGAGAAGCAGCAUUCACCUAUGCCAUCAUUGCUGCUGGAGUAGCCCACGCCAUCACUGCUGCCUGCACCCAAGGGAACCUGAGCAAUUGUGGUUGUGACAAGGAAAAGCAAGGACAGUACCACAAAGAUGAAGGAUGGAAAUGGGGAGGCUGCUCUGCAGACAUCCGAUAUGGAAUAGGAUUCUCCAAAGUGUUUGUGGAUGCAAGGGAGAUUAAGCAAAACGCAAGGACUCUCAUGAAUUUGCACAACAAUGAGGCUGGGCGAAAGAUCCUUGAAGAGAACAUGAAGUUGGAGUGCAAGUGCCAUGGAGUGUCAGGAUCAUGCACUACUAAAACAUGCUGGACAACUCUUCCUAAAUUCAGGGAGCUGGGCUACAUCCUUAAGGAGAAAUACAAUGAAGCUGUUCAGGUUGAACCUGUGCGGGCAAGUCGUAAUAAGCGUCCCACUUUUCUGAAGAUAAAGAAACCACUCUCCUAUCGUAAACCAAUGGAUACAGACUUGGUCUACAUAGAGAAAUCGCCCAACUACUGUGAAGAGGAUCCUGUGACUGGCAGUGUGGGUACACAGGGCAGAAUGUGCAACAAAACAGCCCAGCAAACCAAUGGCUGUGAUCUGAUGUGUUGUGGACGAGGUUAUAACACUCAUCAAUAUUCCAGAGUCUGGCAGUGCAACUGCAAAUUUCACUGGUGCUGUUAUGUCAAAUGUAACACAUGCAGUGAACGAACAGAAGUCUACACCUGUAAAUGAAAGCAUGGCUUUGGCAGGGGAACUUAAAGCCUUGGAGUACACACUUUUUUUUGCACAUAAGCUCAGUGUAUCUAAAUAAUACUGUAGCAAAGGCCCAAAUGGUUUCCAAAAGAAAGUCCAGCAAAAUAAUCCCGUUUUCCUCCCCUUUUAACAGUGUUUAUAGUGGAUAAUGGUCAAAGACUUUUGGGAAUAGCCCAAAAACUACACCCAGACUUUUUAAAAGGAACCCAGAAACAAACUAUUUUCCCUAAUGCAAAACUUCAGAUACCUAAACUACAUAAAUAAAAUAAAUUGGAGAAAUGCUCAAAUAAUCUGGGCCAUCCAAACAUUACGGACUGCCUUAAAAUUGUGGGAAAAGUUGAAUUUUCUUGGAGGAGGCACUCAUGAGGCUGGAUAAAAGUGAUCAAAAGACCAUGCAAUGUGCCUAAAGUGUGAGCUGAGAAAAAAAAAUGUCAUAUUUUAAGAGAGGCUUUGUCCACAAUUGGAUGACAAUGCGCCUGUGUGAGUUUCCAUUGAAAGAGUGUGGAUUAUGCAGUUGUAGGGAUUUCUACAUUUGUGAAAAAAAAACUUCUGUUAAUUGUUCCUUGUUGGUUGUUCCUUGUAUUCCCAUUCUUCUGCCUGUGCUAAUGCAAGUAGACCAAUGGGUACUUCCCAUAUAAACACUGGUUUAGCUGCUUUUCUGCUCUGCUGCUGAUUUUAGCACAGCGUGUUGGGAAAACUUGGCAUAAUAAUUAUAGCAAUAUUUAGUCACUUUUGCAGAUAAAACUAAUAUUAAUUUAUUUAAUUAAUUUUUACCACCAAUUUUUUGGGAGCAUUCUGCAAUUAAAGUAAAUACCCUGCUUUUUUGUGGAAUCAUUUUUGUAGAUUUAGUAGAGGGGAAACCCUUGAGGUGUAUAUAUUAUUGUUUACUUAGAUAUUUCUACUAGUUGCAAAUGCAGGAUAGUUUCUACAGGUGUUAAGUACAAAAGCAGGCAUCUUUUAUAAUUUUGAGCUGUAUGCUGCUAGUUGUCUGGAAUCUCAAAUUGCUAUUCAUCUUCUCUAUAUUUCACAGUACAUAAUUUUUCCAAUUUUUUUGUUUAAAAGGAUCAUUUCAAAAUCCAGUUGGAAAUAACACAUGACAUAUAUAAAUGCAAAACGCCAGGCAAGUUUCCACCUUUGGAAAAUGAACCAUAGGAUAAAAGAAUAUAUUUUGUAAGAGACUAUUUUUAUAUGAAUAUUUUAUUUAUACUAUAUCUGCUUGUAAAAUUCUGUAACCUGUAAUUUUUCUCAAAACAGGCACACCGUUUGUAAUUCAUAGCCUAUUUAACAAUUAAGGCCAGUUACUUUGUUUACCUAAAAAGUAACAAGCUGGUUGUAUAUACAAAAUACAAAAUGAAUUUUCUCUCCGGA